AUGAAAAUCAAGUUCAUGUACCCUCUGCAAUUUUCAACGUCACUGAUCAUGCAUACUCAGCAGCUACUCCCUCUUUGUGGCCUCUUCCUUGCCGGCGUUGCCAUCGCAUCGAAAUUCGACCACGACGACGUCCCCAAUCGCUGCUGGCCUGCCUGCAGCUCUGUUGUCGGAAUCGCCAAGAGCUGUGAUGCCAAGUACGAACGGGAUGCAGCUGAAAUACAAUGCAUUUGCGAUUGGGACGCUGCCAAAACUCAGAUCCCGCUCUGCUCGGCCUGCAUCACCCAGUAUCAAACUGACAGGCUCAACCACAAUAUCACUCAACACGACGAUGAUGACGGUAAGGAGGAUACAGAUAUUGACGAUAAUGGUAACCAGGUCCUUGACCUUGUCCACUCUUGCUCGCUCACCACGACUACCUCCAACCCUCCCGCUACCACUACUACAAUUGGCACGUCUGCUACCACUGAUAGUUCAAAUGCAGCCACUGACACCGGAACGGACUCUUCUAGCACUGGUGGAAUCAACAGCCAGGAUUCGACUUCAUCCGAUUCCACCGGUGCCUCGUCGGGCUCUGCAUCCUCUCCCAUCCCUACUCCUGGUGCUGCAGUUGGUAUUUUGACCCCCAGCGCGGUAUCCAUGGCAGGUAUCAUGGGGCUGAUGGUUUUUGCUUGGGUGUGA